AUGUUAACUAAUAAAAAGUCAUUUUCAAUUGAAUAUUUAAUAUCAAAACAACCAUUACCUUCUUUUUUUGAUUUCAAACGUAUACGUACAGCAUUUACAAGUAUACAAUUAUUGGAAUUAGAACGAGAGUUUUCUCUAAAUAUGUAUUUAUCACGUAUACGUCGAAUUGAAAUAGCAACAUAUUUGAAUUUAACAGAAAAACAAGUGAAAAUUUGGUUUCAAAAUCGUCGAGUUAAAUAUAAAAAAGAUAGAUUAACAAUAUGUCAUACAAAUCAACAUAAACAAACAAAUGAUGACUAUAAAUAA